CAGAACGUGGCGAGUUGCGGCGCCGCCUCCUCCUCCUCACGCAGGUCAGAUGCAGGCCAGGAAGUGUGUGUGGUGAGCGGCUGUGGCCGUAGCUCCUCCCCCUGGUGACGGGUCUCCUCCCCUAGGUACGUCAGAAGGUCCCUUCUCCCACUCCGAUAUAGAAUCAACCGGCAGAGAAGCGGCUGUGAGCAAGCAGCACCAGGGCAGCGCUAUGAGAGCUGGGCCGAUGUGGCAGUGGUGCAGAGCUGCAGAGACUGUACUGUGCAGUCGCUCUGCAGCACGCCGCCUCCCGGGAUACACUGGGAUCUGGAGCUGUGUCAGAGCAGCUAGCAAUAACUCACCACAAAUUAAUAACUCUAAAAAUCCACCUCUGAAGAAACCAAAGACACCUCAAGGGCGGUUUGAUGAAAAUGAAGAGCCCAACAUACAGAAAGAUGUACUGGAAAGAUUCCCAGAUGAUAUAAACCCUAUUACGAAGGAGAAAGGAGGGCCCAAAGGACCAGAACCUACCCGCUAUGGAGACUGGGAAAGAAAGGGGAGAUGUAUCGACUUUUAGCUGCUUGCUUUUUUAAAAACUUGAUAUGUAAUGUGCUACAUGCAAAUAAUAAAAAAAAACUUAACUACAUGACCAAACCCUGACUCCACUUCUGCAGAUUCUGGUCAAACAAAGCUACUGUAUUUAACCUGUUUUACAUGUAACUGGGGGAUAUAUCUGACACUGAUUCUGGGGUGAGAAUAAAGUAGAGAAAGGCAACUAACUGUGCAUCUUUGCAAAACCAUGCUGCACUGCAGGUGGGGAACAGGGGCAAAUUAAGAGAGGAGAUGUACAUGUAAGCUCCAUGCGGACCCCCUCCUCUCUUGUCAGCAGCAGGAGAGCUGUAGACCAUGGCUUUGUCCCAGAGUCUACUCUACAUGUGCAAAUCACCGGGAAAAUGGGCGCCACAUCAUUUUCCCAGUAAUUUUAGGUCUGCAGUGCCAUCCGCCAUAGGACUGCAGAUAGAUAAGUAUAAUGUUAUGGUGUGUGGUAUGGCCCCCCCCUGAACCAGGGGCCUGUAUUCACCACACAUCCUGCACACAGUAUAGAUAGGCCAAUGGUGGGGUGAUUUAAAAUGUGCAGAGAGAUUAUAUUUGAGAGGAAUGUUCAAAUUCAAAUCUAAAUUGCAGUAUAAAAAUAAAGCUGUCCAGCAUUUGUGGGCUACAUGCAAAGCAGCCAGUAUUUACCCUGCAUGUCAAAAAAUAUUGGAACCCCUUGCAUUGCAGCAUGGUUUGUUCAAAUAUAAAGUUACUUGCUAUAUUUUUUUAUUUACUAUCGCCUCAGAAUAAAACCCAUAAUGUGGUAUGUUCAGUGUAUGCCAAAAUAUCAUCUUGUAUUUAGUAAAGUAUAUAAGGUAUAGUUAGAGAUGUCAAUGCAAUUUGCCUUGUGGGAGGCGAGUUAGCGUUACAAAGGCAUGAAACAGAACAGCAUGUCUGGAGCUACUGUAAGUGCUGCAUAUAGUUCCACUUACUCGCAAAUACUCGUGGGAUGCAUCUGAUUGGAUCUACCCCUUAGUAUUUGUUAAGCGUUUAUGGCUUAAGAAGGUAUUUGGUUAUCAUUUGCAGAUAUAUGGUAUCUAUUUCUAAACAAGCAGAAAUAUUUAAUAAAAGAACAGUUGGGAAAUUCUCUGAUACAAUCCUAUAUCCGCAAUAUGGACAGUGAGUUGUAUUGAUCGCGUUUUGUAAAUUACAUGUAAUUUAAUUUAUUAAUGAAAGAAAAAUGCAUCUGUUUGAUGUUGUAACUUUUCUUAAACAUUGAAUAAAUUACCCAACCAUUUGAAAGUA